GUUUCAAAUUCAUGGUUUGUCAAAAUGACACUGAUAACAUAAAAAAUAACCUAUCUAAAUUGGGUAUGCACUAAGACCUAUGGUUUAAAUUUAUAUAUAUUAGAAAUACCAUUGUUUUAUCUCAAAAAUGCUCUUAGGACAAUGUCGAAGCGUAAUAGGAAUAUUGCGCCCAGAAUUAAUGCAAUUGGCGUUAACUUCAGGAAUAAAGUAUUUCCCACCCCCUAAAAACUACGAUGAUAUUGUAAUUCCAGAACGGCCUAGACUCAGGGUUUUUGAUAAAGUUCCUCUGUAUCCACCAAAUUUAAAACCACCUAAAAUGCAAAAGCGUCUUAGAUACAUGAGAGGACCAGAAACUGUACACAAUACAUUACAAUUGAAACAGUAUGGUGUUGUUGCCACUGGAGGUGGGAGGUUGAGACAUGAGCAUUUUGAAAUGGUACGUCUUCAAGUAGCAAGGAGGUUAGAUAUGAAAAGAAUGUUUGCCAUAUGGAGGGUAGAUCCACCGUGGCAGCCAGUGACCAAAAAAGGUCAAGGUCAACGGAUGGGUGGAGGAAAAGGGGCAAUUGACCAUUAUGUCACACCAAUUAAGGCAGAUAGGAUAAUAUUUGAAAUCGGCGGCAAAUGUGAAUACGCUGAGGUACAUGAUAUGCUAAGAAUAAUAGCAGAAAGAUUACCAUUUAAGGCAGAACCAAUAUCACAGGAGCUUUUAGAGAAAAAAGCAGCAUCUGAAAAAUGGUGUGAAGAAAAUAACAGUAAUAAGUUUACUUUGAAAUAUGUCAUCCAGAACAACAUGGGCGGAUGUCACAGAUUCCUAUCAAAAUACGAUCACAAGUGGUACGGAAAAUACUUCUAAAUGAGUAUUUCUAUAUUAAAAUUAUUAAAUUAUAAGAUCAUUAUGUAAUAAAGUAGUUGAUAAAAUUGA